AUGAGAGGGUUUACGCUGAAUAAUUUUUGCCAGUGUGGCUUAUUUGCUUAUCUUGUCUUCUCUUUCAUGUCUUUCACCGCCGCAGUCAGUUUCGACCUGACUGAGUUUAGGAAUAAAGUUGCCAAAAUCAAAGUGAAUCCAAGAGGCACUUGGGCUACAGGACAUUUCAUGGGCAAGAAGAGCGUGAUGGAUACUCCCCUGCUGCCUUCAGCUGAGAGGCAGAGUGUGGAUGCGCUGGAAGUCACCCCUGCCGCAGAGCAGAGAGCUCUCGUGGAGCUUUUCCAUGAGUUCCUGCGGGUGGCGUUGCAAGCGCAGGUGGAUACACAAGAGAGCCGCACGAAAGUUCAGGAGGAGGACAUGUUGGUGAAGAUUUUAGAAAACUACAUCCAAAGCAGAAAGUGA